AAGGAUAAUUAUUUCUCUAUACAAAAUUUGUCCCCUACCCUUGCCCUUUUCAGUUUUAUACGUUACAUUUUAAAGGAAGUCAAGUGAAUCUUAAAUAUUUCUUCAUACGAAUAUUUAACUCCUACUAGACCUUUAGGGGAUCCUUGCUUCUUCUUUGGCGAAUCUUUAGAGUGUGUCAUUCAGUAUUUAGAUAAUUUCUCCUUUUAUUAUCAUGUCCAUGUACCAACAUAGAAUAAAAAACCCACAAUGGACAACGGUUGCGUUUAAUAGUUUAUCAUACUUCCGUUGUCGUUUCCGCAAAACGAUUGUAAAUUUGAUAACACGAAACUGCGUCAAGCGUUUAUAUUUUUUCUAAAUAAGAAGAUAAUUACAUUUGGAAUGGAGGAAUAAAUUAUUUGCACUUAAUAAAAAUACAUUACUUUCAUUUGAGUUUCAAAUUCCGCAUGUAAUUCAGACAGCGUUAGAUCGCGACGACAAUAAUAAACGUACGUAUGAUAAGUGUAAAUGUAAGAAGUAUGUCGUAGGCGGAACGCGUAGAGAUAAGAGAUAUGUAAGUAAACGUAUAGGUGUAUAUUUGUCACGAUGCCAAAGUGAGGCGACGUUCGUGACUGUCUGUCAGUCGGUUCAGGCGCGCUCGUUAGCGGGCAGUGUGCGCCGAGUGCGAUGUGUUUGCACGUGCGGCUUUUGUGCGGCGCGCUGUGGUGGCCGCUGCUGCUGCGCUGCUCCCGCCGCACCUACGACGAUGACUACGACCAGCAACUUAAAGAUGAGCUGGGCGAGGUUGUGGCGGAGCUGGAGGCUCUCGACGGCCAGGAGGAGUGCAAACAGAAUAGCAAGGCCAAACAGAUGAGCAUAGGCAGAAAGAAAUUCAAUAUGGACCCCAAGAAAGGCAUAGAAUACCUCUACGAGAAUGGAUUGCUGCAAAGGACACCGGAAGAUGUGGCGCAGUUCCUUCACAAAGGCGAAGGCCUCAGUAAGACGGCGAUCGGCGACUAUCUGGGAGAACGCUCAGAGUUCAACGAAGCUGUGCUUCGGGCCUUCGUCGAAUUACACGACUUCACGGAUUUAAUUUUAGUACAAGCGUUAAGACAAUUCCUUUGGAGUUUUCGAUUGCCGGGCGAAGCUCAGAAAAUCGACCGCAUGAUGGAGUGCUUCGCGCAACGAUACUGUCAACUGAACCCGGACAUUUUCACCAACGCGGACACGUGCUACGUGCUAAGCUUUGCCAUCAUCAUGCUGAACACGUCAUUGCACAACCCUAGCGUGAAGGAUAAGCCAGCGCCUGAACAGUUCGUUGCCAUGAACCGCGGCAUCAACAACGGCGGUGAUUUGCCUCAUGAGUUGCUCUUGUCAUUAUACGAGUCUAUAAAAACGGAGCCCUUCAAAAUACCAGAGGACGACGGCAAUGAUCUGAUGCAUACUUUCUUCAAUCCUGACAAAGAGGGAUGGCUCUGGAAACAAGGUGGAAGAUACAAAUCAUGGAAAAGACGGUGGUUCAUAUUGAAUGAUAACUGCUUAUAUUACUUCGAAUACACGACGGAUAAAGAGCCGAGAGGUAUCAUUCCAUUAGAAAAUAUAUCGGUCCGUCCAGCAAGUGACAGACAGCGGCCGCACUGCUUGGAGCUGUACGCGAGCGGAGGUGCGGAUCUCAUCAAGGCCUGCAAAACUGAUUCUGAAGGAAAAGUUGUUGAAGGAAAACAUACGGUUUAUAGAAUGUCAGCAGCGACGGCGGAGGAACGAGACGAAUGGAUAGAAUGCUUGCGUCGGUCCAUCAGUCACAAUCCCUUCUACGACAUGUUGGCGCAGCGCAAGAAGAAGGCCCAGCACAAUGUACACUCCAGCUCGCACUAGUGCCAAUAUCCUAGUGAUACAAACAGACAAUGUGACUUUUAUAUAUAGUUGUUCAUACCAAGUGUCAGUUAAACUGUGUUACUGCCGCAAAGUUAAGUUGUUAGUAAGAUCCUUAGUGUAGACUUUGUAUAAAAUCUACACACAUCUUUAAGUAAGGAUGAAGCGUCUCUGAGUGCGGUAAUAAAUCUAACAUCACAAAGGAAAAUAAAGUAGGUGAUAUAAGUCAGGGAAGUAAUUAAUCAGCAUUUAAAUGGUGCUGAGUGUUUUUGGGGAUAAUAGACAUUUGAAUAUCUAAAUAAGUUGGUUUCAUAAAGUUCAAAUGAAACUCUUUGUCAAAGAAGAUUAUUGUAAAGUGACUAACCAUUGGUUUCUGAGACCAAGAUCUCCAUAUCAAACAUCGUCAUCCCAUUAUGUUUGACAAAACAGAGAUAAUAAGAUGUUUUAUAAAGGGAACUUGGUCUCAGAAACCCAGGGUUACAUAUUUACCAAUAGGUAAAUUGUACUCAUUUUAGUUUAUUAUUUUAUAAAAGGUUUUAAAAUGCGAGGAAAACUUUCAUGGUUAUAGGAGAUUUGUGAUAUGUACUCCUACCAUUCGUCCUUAUAAAUAUUUUUUGAUUCUUAAAUAUUUUGUACAGUACAGUAGGCAAGUAAUUUGGUGAAAAAAAUUGAACA